CCCCGGCGUCCCUGGAAGCGGGGAGCCGGGGUGGUGCUGGGGAACCGGCGCGGGGCCGCGAGUCAUCGCCCUGAGCCUCCAGCUGUAGGGGGUGUUCGAGCUCAGGCCAGUCAUGGCUGGAAGACCCAUCCGCAUAGGAGACCAGCUGGUGCUGGAGGAAGAUUAUGAUGAGACCUACAUCCCUAGCGAGCAAGAAAUUCUUGAAUUUGCCAGAGAGAUUGGCAUUGAUCCCAUCAAGGAACCGGAACUGAUGUGGCUGGCACGAGAGGGCAUUGUGGCCCCACUGCCUAUGGAGUGGAAACCAUGCCAGGACAUCACAGGUGACAUUUACUAUUUCAACUUUGCCAACGGGCAGUCCACGUGGGACCACCCUUGUGAUGAGCACUAUCGAAAUUUGGUGAUCCAAGAGCGAGGAAAACUGUCAACUCCCGGGGCUGUUAAGAAGAAAGACAAGAAAAAGAAAAAGGAGAAAAAAGACAAGAAGGAUAGAGAGACCUCCAAAAGUCCCCUGGUCCUGGGCGCCUCCUUAGCUCCAGUCCACCUUCCUCUCGGGGGCCUGGCUCCCUUGCGAGGCCUGGUGGAUGGCCCUCCUGCUUCUCUUCGUGGGCCUCAGAACGUGAGCCCGGGGAGCUCCGUGGAGUCUGGUCAGCUCAGAGAACCUCCGCUGCUUUCACAGGGUCUCAAGACUUCUGCUUGUCCAAAGGGUCUCUUGGGCUCCAUCCAUGAGGACAAGAAUGCUCUCAGUCUCUUGGCUUUGGGGGAGGAGACCAACGAGGAGGAUGAGGUGGAGAGUGACAACCAGAGUGUGCACAGCUCAAGUGAGCUCCUUAAGAACCUGCACUUGGACAUUGGGGCACUUGGGGGUGACUUUGAGUGUGAGGAGUCUCCACGAACAAACCGGCCAGAGGAGAAGGAGGAUGGUUCUCUGGAUUCUGAAGCUGCCAGGCCCCCAACUCCUGGCAAGCUCUUCAGACAAGGGGCAGACCACAGCCUGCGCACUGGCCAUGGGCGGCAGGAAAGAGGGCCUAGCACUUGGCUCCCAGACCAAGCAAAGCAAGAGAAGAGUGAUCCUGGGAGUUCUGGGAGCCUGGCGAUCCCUGCAGUGGACGCUGGGGGCGACCAGCUUGCCCAAGCCAGUUCAAAAGAGGCAGCAGAGGACCCUGUGGAGGUCGGGGAAGAGGGAGCCAGGGAAGAGGAGGCAGCAGUGGAGCGGAAAAAGGAGGCUUCUGUCCUGGAAGAGAGCAGAUCCGACAUCAGCAAAGAGUCAGACAUCAGUGAACACGUGAAAGACCUACCACUCUCCGACUCCACUGCUUUGGACGCCAAGAACUUCCUUGGCCUGGACUUUGGUUUUGGCAGCCGGGUCUCGGAGCACCUGCUGGAUGUCACUGCGCUUUCCCCGGUCCUAAAUGGAGCCUGUCCGGCGGCCCAGAUAUUGGAAAGAGAAGACCAGGAUGACAGCCAGUCCAGCAGAAACGAGCGGCAGAGGCAGCCGUCCAAAGCCUUGGAGAGGUUAUCGCCUCCGCUUCUACACGGGGAGCGGCCCCGGAGUCCCCUUCACAGCCGGACCUCCAAAGCUGGGGCACUGCAGCCCCCCGAAGAACAGCCCAAGCAGAACGGAGCGGAGGAGCCAGGAGAGCACUCAGUGGGCAGCCCCGCCUCGCCCCUGUCCCUGCAGAGGCGACCUUCAGAGCCUGCAGCUCCCCAGAAGCAGCUCUCGGAGGCCACCCUACAGACCAUGGAAGCCUCAGCCACUCAAGAACUCGAGCAAGACCGGAGGCUCCUGGAGUCAAAGCAGGAGGUGAUGCAGCCACUGCGGGAGAGGCUGUGGCAGGAGGAGGAGGAGGAGGAGCUACCCCAGCUCCGCCAGCAGAAACAGUCUCUCAGUUCCGUGAAGGAGCAGCUGCAGAAAGUCUCCAAGACAGAGGAGACACGGGCGGGAGAGAAGGAGAGCCAGAGGCUCUCCUGGCUCCGGGCCCACGGCCAGUCCCGCAUGGACGCCAGCGAAGGCCGCGUCAGGGCUGAGCAAGAGGCUUCUCUGCAGAGGCUGAGAGAAGAGCUGGAAAUUCUACAGAAGGCUGAGAGGGUCAGCUUGGAACAAGAAAACAGGCAGAUGCUAGAGCAGCUCAAGGAAGAUGUGGCCACUUCGGAGAAGAAUGAACAGACUGCCCUGAAUGCUGAGAAGGAGAAGGCUUUGCAGCAGCUGAGGGAGCAGCUGGAAGGGGAGAGGAAAGAAACAGUGGCAGCGCUGAAGAGAGAGCACCAAGCCGAGCUGGAGCGGCUGUCUUCCUCCUUGGAGGCCAAGCACAGAGAGGUGGUCUGUGGCCUCCAGAAGAAGAUCGAGGAAGUGCAGCAAAAAGAGGCGGCCCAGCUGCAUGUGAACCUAGGGUGGGCGGAGCAUAGAGCACACCAGAAAGUCCACCAAGUGAUGGAGUACGAGCGAGAGCUCAGCGGCCUCCUGAGAGAAAAACGCCAGGAGGUGGAAAGGGAGCAUGAGAGGAAGAUGGCCAAGAUGAAGGCGGAACACCAGCUGGUGGUGACUGAGGCUCGAGAGCAGUAUGAAGCUGAGGAGAGGAAGCAGCGCACUGAACUCCUGGGGCAUCUGACUGGAGAGCUGGAGCGCCUGCGCAGGGCCCAUGAACAGGAACUGGAGACCCUGAGGCAGGAGCAGGACAGACAGCUGGAAGACUUGCGGCGGCGGCACCGGGAGCAGGAAAGGAAAUUCCAAGAUUUAGAAGUGGAACUUGAAAUGAGAACCAAAGAUGUCACGGCCAAAUUAUGUCAGCUGGACAUCCAGGAGGAGACCGCCUGGAAGCAGCAGCAGCUCCUCCAUGUGCGGAGGCGGGUGGCGCAGGAGAGUGAGGAAGCCACCGCCACUCAGCACCAUCUGGAGGAGGCCAAGAAGGAGCACAGUCACCUCCUGGAGUCAAACCGGCAGCUCCGAAGCAUUCUGGAGGAGCUCCAGGCCCGCAAGUUUGAGUUGGAGACCCAGGUGGAUCUGCUGGAGGCCCAGAGUCAGAGGCUGCAGAAGCAUAUCAGCAACCUGGAGGCUGCAGCUAAGAGGACUCAGGACACCCUGAAGGAGCUGGCAGUCGAGGCCAGUAACUCUACCUCGCAUCUGGAGCCUGGUCUCCGCGUUGAGGACCUGAGGGAAUCCCUUGGGACAGCCCAGACCAAGAAGGACACCAACACGUCCUUAAAGGGCAUCCGAGAGUACUUACCUGACAGUGGGGCCAUGGUCCACACCGUCAAGGAUUUCCUGGUGCAGCAGACCCCCUCCCUACGGAGGCAACAGGUGGCGCUGAAGGUCACCCAUCAGUGGCAGCCGGAGCUGCCCAUUGCUCAGGAGGCGGACGGCCACGUAGCAGGUGCCAAGGCUGUGGAAGACAUGCGCCAGGACUUUGCGGAGGCCGGGCACCUGCCUGAGAUGAAGUCGGCCGUGCAGAAAGGUCAGGACCUGCUGAAGAAGAAAGAGAAGCUCAGUCAGCUGGAGUCCUCUCUCCAGGAGGAGGUUUCAGAUGAGGACACACUGGGAGGAACCCCCACCAAGAAGGCGGUGACCUUUGACCUCAGCAACCUGGAAGACUCCAGUGAAAGUUCUGAUUCCUCCCUACUGCCUCAGGUCACCGCAAGCCCCAGUUUCUCCUGCCCCAGCAGCAUCCACUAUCUGAGCAGCUCUUUGCAGCGGAUCAGCAGCCAGCUCAAUGGCGUCCUCAGCAUGCUGGGCAGCCCCGCCCCGCAGCUGCCGUGCUUCGGCUCCACGGGCGUGCAGGUCCCGCACCAGCCCUCCAGGAGCACCCCCAUUCCCGCCUAUCCCCCCCCCACCCCGUCCCAAUGGGCCUGGGACCUAGCGCCGGGCCCCAGGCUCCCUUCCUCUGCCGCGGCGCAAACUGUGGAUGACUACCUGGCGGAGAAGUGGCACAAGUAUUUUCCCAAUGGAGUCCCAUUCCUCAGCACCGGCCUUGCGCCCCUGGAGAACAGGCUGGGCUAUGUGUCUGCCAGUGAGCAGCUUCGCCUCUUACAGCGCCCCAAAGUUCCUGACCUAGGCAGCACCGACUUCCAGAGCAUGAUGGAGGCAAACCGGAAGUGGCUAGAGCAUUACAGGAAGGGCCCCAAGUCACAUCUGUCUUCGGCACCCAUGGGCACUUCUGGGCUGCUGCAGCUGGGUCUGGAUCAGCACAACAGACUGAAGGUGUAUCGCUUCUGAGGCCGGUGGGGUGGACCUUGCACCAAGUGCCUGAGGCGCUACCCAGCGUUCUCCUGUCCUGCUGCGCUGUCCGCUCCGCCUAGAACUUGGAGGGGCCGUGGACGGGGCAGGCGCGAAGGCUGGUAUCGCGCAGCCCCCGCGGACCUCCGCCUGGAUGCGGCCACACUGACGUGGGACCUGUAGAGCAAAGGGAUGCAGUCAGGUGUUGCCUUGGGACCCACAGGGCACUGCAUGGCGCUCCCACUAAGAUUCUGGGCCUUCAAGCCUCCUCACCUGUCUCUACCCUCGGCUGGCCAGGCUCCGCUCUCAGCCUCCCAGGGAUCAGAUCUGUGUUCCUUUUCCUGUUAUGUACCCCUCCUGACACUCCUGUCCCCUUCCAACUAGCUCAGGAUUGGGCACAGCUGGCCAGGCCGUCCUCAGGAGCCCUUCCUUUCCUGGGGCUCCUCCCCAGAGCAGUCCCAGCUAGAUUCUCAGGUCUCAAGCAUACAACUUCCCAGAAGCCAGCAACCAUGGGGAAAGGGGGUGACUUCUGGCCCUGUUCCGGGUUCCCUCCAGGACGCUGCGGCUGUACUCCUUGGCCUGGCUUCCAGCGAUGCCGCCCCUUCCUGGAACACACCGCCUGCUCUGAAGGGGGUGAGAGGCUAGUGCCAUCUUUGUUGGCAGCGAGGGACCUCGUGCUGCAGCGCCCCUUUCCCUUGGGCCUCUCAGGGGAGGUGCUGACAUCGGGCUCACUGUUGAUAAAACGCUUCCGUUUCUCUUGAAAGCUAGGGGUUGCCCUUGCCUCCCGAAACUCUGUUCUACUGCUUUGUUACAGAAUACGAAAUUAAGACCCGGUUAGCUUUUUCACACUCGCCCGCCCCAAAACUUUUUAUGCAUUAGCCUACUGCCACACAGAAAGUCGAUUUUGUUAUCUGGGGCCUUCUGUGGGUUUUGGGACCAGCUUGUGUGUUCCCAAUAACUCUGGUGACAAUCCUGUGUUUUUUACAUCAAUUAAACCUCUGCGCGUCCAUUUU